UUUUUUUUGGUCAUGAGUCAUAACCAUCACAAAUCAGCGGCCACGCCAUGGAAUGUAAAUCUGUCCUAUGCACUGGACUGGUCCAUUGUCAUGUGUGUACCCAUUGUGUUGUUGACAGGCCGUCAUCUGGUCAAGACCUUUGGACAUAUGACGACUGAUAGACAAAGACAACGCCUACAACAACGACAACAAGACAGCAAUAGAAGUGAUGGUAGUGAUAAUAAUAAUCAUAGUCAUAAUAAUAAUAAUACAGAGGAGGAGACAGCUGAACAUCGUAUGAGACACCCACCACAUCAUACGCCACAGGAAUUAGAUCCAAGAGUUGACAUACCGACAAGCCAGCAAUCCAUCUCAACCUCAUCAAAACGAUGGUCCUAUAGUCGUUUAGAGAAUUGGAUAGUCAACAAGGCCUCUGCGACAUUAUACCUAGGAUCAUUUGUUCAUUUGGUCGCUGGUGCGACCUUACUGGCUCUGAUCUUUCUCUCCAUUCUAGCAGUCUUGCUGCUGAUCAAUGGAGAUCUGAUGUUGAAUUCAAACCGAGCAGGUUAUUUGGGCCUAUCCUGUAUUCCUUUCCUAUUUGCAUUCACGGGCAAGAACUCGAUCAUCUCUUUGAUAACAGGAAUGUCACACCACCGAAUUAACCAGGUCCAUCAGUUCUUGGGCCUAUGUCUCUUUAUCCUGGCCUCUGUCCAUAUGGGAUGCAUGUUUCAUGUGUGGUGGCCCUGGAAGAUACUGUUGCAACAGCAAUUGGAGACAGAAAGGGUCCGGUAUGGUCUUGCAACGUAUACAACGCUCUGUUUGAUCGUAGUGACAGCUGCAUGGCCAGUUCGUCAAUGGGCCUAUGAAGUCUUCAUAGUCAGCCACACGUUGUUCUUGGUGUUUUUGGUCCUGGUGGGACUUCAUACGCCCUAUGCGAUGCGGUUUACGGCUGCGGGCAUUAUUUGUUAUGUGCUGAAUUGGCUUACUGGGUGGUGUAUAAAGACCCAUUUGGCACAAGCACAAGCGACAGUCUUCCAAGGACGACUGACAAGGUUGAGGAUGGAUAGAGUGGUGAACCAUGGUCCAGGCCAACAUAUUUAUGUCUGUGUUCCAUCGAUAUCCAUGAUUCAAUGGCAUCCCUUCACGAUCUCGAGUGCUGGUAAUAGUCGUCAUACAGAUACUCUCAAUGAUGACUCCACCAUGAUGACAAUCCAUGCCAGGGCCGUGGGUGGCUUCACCCGAGAGCUAUGUCGUUGGCCAGAGAAUGUACAGCGACGGGUGAUUUUGACAGGGCCAUAUGGUCAAAGUGUGAGCGUAGGUCAAGGGCAAGAUACAUUUAAAGUGGUCUUUGUGGCUGCUGGAUCAGGUUUGGCUUACAUUGUCCCUAUUCUGAUGGACCUGCUACAAAGGAGAAAACGUCUGGAGUGGCUAAGAGACAGCAGUAGUAACAAUGAUGCUUCCGUUGAAAUCAUUUGGUGUGUUCGUGAUCCAGACGAGGUCCAGUGGUUUCAAUCGGAACUGGAGAUGGCGUUGGAUGCUGCUCAAGGGCAUUUCGAUCAUGUAGAUAAGGAGAAAGAUGAUGUGGAGGAUGAGGAUGUGGAUUUGAUAACUGCAGGAUCAAUAGAUAUUCGGUUGAGAAUGGUGAUCCAUUAUACAACCGUUGCAUUUGGUAAUCAAGAAUCGCUUGUAGUACCCGCACCUAUCUCGUCUACAUCCCAUGUGAAAGAGCACCAAGAACAACAAGAACAGCAAGGUCAACAACAGGUCUCAGAUGUAAGCCAGAUGACAUCAUUAGCAACAUCAACCAGGGGAUCGCUCAAUGUACCGUUUGCAGGGGACGACCGGGUGAAGUGGGUGGGAUCGCGAUUGGAUGUGAAGUCAUAUAUCAAGAAGCAGAUCGAGGGUAUUCCACGUGAUCGAGCGAUUGAUAUUGUUGGGUGCGGGCCCUCCUUGAUGUUGGCAGAGCUGCACAAUGCGGUAGCAGCCAAAGAAGAACUUUUCGGGUGCCGCGUGAACCUUCAUACGGAACGAUUUUACUUGUAAAAAGACUCUAACAAACCUAUUUUAUAAUUUUUCAUUAUUAAGAGAUAAAGAGAUAAAGAGAUAAGAUAUUCAACUG